AAAAUAAAGUGGAAGAAGACUCAAGAGAGAGAUGAAGUGGAAUGAGAGAGAAAAAGAUUGACACAGAAGAGAGAGAGUAGAGAGAGAAGUUGAGGUUUUGAGGUCUCUGACACAGCCACCAUCCAUUUGCCGACCGCCACGCCACGCUCUCUGCCGCCGCCUCCGCCACCAAAACCGAUUUUGUGGUCCAACCCACCACCGCCACCACCACCACCUUGGUUCCUACUAGAGCUCUCACUUUCUCUCUCUUUCCUCAAUUCUCUCUCUCCAAAAAUCUUUUCCUUUCUCUCUUGUCUCCUCUCUCUUUUUUGGUGUGGAAAAAUCUCCAUAAUCUGACCUGAACCUUAGCCUUAAUCCAUGUCUUGCAAUUUUCACGUAUAGGUUCUCUGAUCGAAGUUGUUACAAAACUGAAAAACACCUUUUUCAGUUCUUUAUUGAGAUGGGAUUGAACCUAAACAAACCCAUUUCUCUAUGAUCACAGUACUUUCCACUCGACUCAUUAACUCCCUCUCAAUCUCUCUCUCAUCAUCCACUUUCUCUCUCUACAUAUUUCUCAUUAGGUUGUGAAAAUCCAAGGAGAUUUCAUUUGGUCAGACAGAGAUUUAUUAGUUUUUGGGAUUUCCAUUUCCUAAUCUUGUAUUAAUGAACCCAUGGUUUUUUAGGUGAGAGAAAAUCUUCAUGCAAUGAGAAAACAAUUGCUGUUGCUGCUUAUUUUCCCACCCAUCAGAUUCUCAGCAUCCAAACAGACACGUUGAGUUCAUACAUAUCUCUAGAGCGAGCCUAGAGAUUGAAAAUUUAAGUUUCAUGCACCUAAGCCCUAUCCACACCCAUAUCUCAUAUUUAAGAUCACUAAGCAAAGAAGAUCAAUAUAUCAAAUACACACCUAUAUAUAGAGAGAUAUAGAGAGGUGUGAAAAAUGGAGCAAGAAGAGGGUAUGAAGCAACAGCAGCAAGAUCAUCACCACCACCACCACCGGCGGCUGAAGCCACCGCAGACGGCGGUGCAAUCGGACCAACAGACACCGCAGCCGCAGCAGCAGCCGCAGAAGUGUCCUCGGUGUGACUCGCUCAACACCAAGUUCUGCUACUACAACAAUUACAGUUUAUCGCAGCCGCGGUACUUUUGCAAGACUUGCCGGAGGUACUGGACUCAGGGCGGAACCCUAAGGAACGUCCCAGUUGGAGGCGGUUGUCGGAAGGGGAAGCGGUCCAAGGCCGCCGCCUCGUCUUCUGGCGGUGAGAAUUCGAGAUCUUCGCAACCAUCGCCGACACCACAAACACAGCCACAACUACCACAACCACCACCGUCACAUGAGCUCCAAUUGCCUCAGAAUUUAGCGGCCCCCGACAAUCAUUCGCCAAUGAGUUCUUACUAUUCCGGUAGUGGGUUUUUAUCGUCUCUGGCGGCGAUGCAAUCUAUGAGCCACCACCACCAUCACCAGCUUCCACCACCACCAGCAGCCUUCAAUCAAAACCAAUCACUCCAUGUUGGUGGCCAAUUUGGUGGCUCUUCUUCUAACAUGGCUCUUUUACAGGGUUUCAAUGUGCCAUCUUUUAGUUCACAACAACAGCAGGCUCAAAAUCAGCAGAUUCAACACCAAAAUGAGUAUUACCAAAUGGGUAAUAGAGAUAAGAACUUAGAGUCCUUAUACCCAUCUGAUCAGAGUUUGAUUCACCCAAACAGGCCUGCUGCUUCUUGGAAUCAAACCCUCACUGCUAACCCUGGCUCUUCCUCUAAUCCCAGUUUCUGGAACCCCACCACCACCAACAACAGCAACACUACUGGGACUUCUUCUCUGAACCCAAAUCAAUGGUCUGAUCUACAAGGUUAUGGCCAUCCUCCAUGAUCUUCAUCAAUACCCAUUUCUUGAUAACCCUUGCAAGCUAUAUAUCUAGCCACCAAAAGCAUAAGUUUUCAAUCUUUCCUUUCACUUUUUGUGCUUGAUCGGGUUAAAAAGAACAUGGUGUGAAGUGGGUAUUCAUGUAAAUGAAGGAUACACAACAAGAGAUAGGCAUUUUGUUUGUUCUUAUUAUCUUCUUUCUUAUAGGGAAUUUUUCUGGGUUGGAUUGUGUUUUGUAACUUUUGAUUAAAGCUAAUGAAUUUGUUUUGUUUGGUUGCUUUUAAUUCAGCUUUUAUGUAGAGUUACCAGUUUAUUUAAAAGAAAAGUGAGUUGCUUUAUUAUUUACUUUGGAGUU